AUGCUCGAUUCAACAAAGUCUCAGGCACUGGAAGAACUGCAGCCUUCCGCACGGCUGCACCCAUAUCGAAGCUCCGAGCAGCAGCCGACAAAGCCUCAGCACUUCACGAGUCUUCCUGCGUCUCUUGCAGCAGCAGCAGCAACGGCAGGGGCAGCUGCUGGCGCUCAGUCUAUAGCUGCAUCUUCAGCAUCGCGAACAGCCGUUGCUGCUGCCUCCGCUGCUCAGUCCGAAGAGAGGAAGCUGCUGUCUCUGGGGGAGUGUGCAGCAAAGGCAGAUUCUGCCUUUUCUUCUGCAACAGGAGAGGAGGCAGCGGCGCAGAGGGCAGCCUCUGACAUAACUCCCCCCAGUCUCAGGGAGCUUGUGGAGCUAACAGCGCAUGCUGCAACGUCUCAAGGGAGCAGCUGCAACGGCAGCAGCAGCAGCUGGUUUCGCCCGGAGAAUCUGCGACUGAGCGAGCGAGGAAACAGAUAUUUCUUCCUGCGAGAGCCGCCUGACGCUGUCGCAGGAGCAGCGAGAUGCCUCGCUACCCUUCUACUUUGCCACUCUGGUGAUCUUUUCGACAUAUAUCACUCUGCCGCGCAGAAGGCAGCACCCCCUCAGCUGCCACAGCAGCUUCUUGCUUCCCCUGACAUUGCUGUCAAGCGCGAGUUGGAGAAACGUGGUAGAGCUGCGCAGCAGCCUGCCCCCUAUCAGCUCCAAGCCCACAGUUGGCUGGAAGACGCGAGGAUAACUAGACAGGAGACGCAGAAGCGGCAGGAUCUGUUGAGCGGAGGCUUCGUUGGCAUGCAUGCGGCGCGGGCUAAGUGGCUGUUGCUGCGGGGGCGAGGCUGCUGCAUGCGCCUGCAGCUUCUUCAGUCCCUUCAACUGCUGCAGCAAACUAAGGCGGCUGUCUUGCAGUUGCUGGCGUCUCGAUGCCACUUGUGUGAGCACACCUGCGACUCCUCCCGCAGACGUAACUCCUCCCGCGACGGCGCGUUGCUGCUUCCCGAGGCACCUCCCCGGCAGAAGAAAAUGGCUCUGUGGCUUCUGCAUCGACUGCUGCAUGCGACCGUUGGGAGCACCUGCUCCAGCGACGGCAGGCGUGAGGACAGAUCCAGUCACUGUGCCUCUGGAGGCGCUUUUCUCGAAGAGGCAGACGAGCGAUUUGCGCACUUUGUUGUGCGGUGUCUGGGGAGCCAGUGGAAGCAGACGCUGUUGCAACACAUGCAGAACGACAGCAGCAGCAGUGCGGGCGAGAGAGAAUUCCCUUUCAGCGGCGUCAAGAGACACAGCGAAACCGACCUGCAGCACCCUCGAAAAAGGCUAGCCAUCGAGAGGCUGCUUCGCGUGUCGACUCCUGCCGCAGGCGUAGAGCCUUCGUCUUCAGAAGCAGCAGCAGCAGCAGCAGCAGGCAGAGAACUAGGUUCAGGAGGCGUUGCAUGCGUCGCCGUACAGUCAAUUGGACGGGCAGUUGUGGUUCGACGCGUUUCCCAGAGCUGCUGCUCGGUGCUCCGCUUUUUUCCAAAGACUGCUGUAGAGGAGCGUCGUUUGGAUGCUGCAGCAGCUUCAUCAGCAGCAGCAGCUUCAGCAGCAGCAGCAGACGCGCUGCCUCCACCUCCUGCUCGCAGGGGAGGACGCAAGGGAAGAGGCGGCAGAGGCGUUUUUGGGCAGCAGCAGCAACAACAACAGCUGCUGCUGCUCUGUGGUUUUAAGGAGCAACUUUGUCCAGGUCUCUUGCUUCAGGUAGACGGGAUGCUGCCCUCUCCUCUACAGCAGCAGCUGCUGCGAAUACGCCAAGAGUCUCUGGAUGCUGCGCGACUGCGUGAGGUUACUGAUGCUGAUGCUGCUGCUGUUGCUGCAUUUAGCGGGAAAAGUCAUUGUGAAGAACACACUGCGAGACGCAGGAGUUCUGUGUUGUCUUUGGGGUGGUUUUGGCCCUUAGGUUCGGCGUGUUUGCAUCGGAGUGGCUCCCUGCCGGGAUGCCCCUCGUGGAGUAUGCGGGCGAGGUGUACAUACACCCCAAGACCAAGCGUUACCCUCCACCGCAGCUGGCUGAAAUUCGGUGAGCGCUACCUGCGGCUGUUGAGGGAUGCGAGGUCCAUCUCUUGCGAUCACAACGUCGAAGCGGGUAAAAAUUUCUCUCCGUUUUGCACGACACGCAACAGAGCAGCACCACUUCACGGGCUUCUUGCAUGGAUAUGA